GCUGUUCCCAUCCGGGGUCACGUCGGUCUUCCGGGUGUUUCUGACAGGGCUUUCGACGCCGCUCUUUGGGCGACUUUUUGGUCUUCCGCUUCUUGCUACUGCCCCCACCUCCCACACCCGUCCUGGCCCUGCCUCUUCUUGUGUCGCUCCUCCCCGGCCGCCGAUCCCGGAGUUCAGAUCGCAGUUAGGGUCCGGAGCCGGGCCCGACCAUUCCGCGGGCCACUGCCUCCUCUGGUUCGGGCGAAAGCCACGACCGUGCUGCCCCCGCUUUGGAGCUCCCGGGCGGGCAGUGCCGGGGGGCCCUGUGCAGCCCUUCCGCGAGGACGCCGUGAGUUAGGGGGCUUCGGAGAGGGGCGCCGCCGUGUGGGCCCAGGCCGGGGGCGGGGCACGGGGAACUUUUCCUGAAACUGUGCAGUUGUGCUUCGCGUGGGAGGUUCCGGCCGUUUCUCUGAGAUCCCAGACUGUUGGGCGGCCCCCGGCUGCGGGACUUGCUGAGGAAUCUCAGGACCGCUUCCUUGUCCCACUCCUUUCUCUUCCCCGCCCCGUCCUCAGUCUAGGACCGGAAAGGAAGAUUGCCUUGGGACCCCUCCAUGGUGUUUCAGAGGGUGGUGAAGAACUAAGGUAGAGGAAUACAUGUUCACUUUUAGUGAACAGGAGCAUGUUCCCAAACUCAAUUUUGGGUCGCCCGCCUUUCACUCCAAACCAUCAACAACAUAAUAACUUCUUCGCCCUGUCACCAACUCUUUAUUCACACCAGCAGCUUAUAGAUGCACAGUUCAACUUUCAGAAUGCAGACUUGUCUAGGGCUGUGUCAUUACAGCAGUUGACAUAUGGGAGUGUUAGUCCAAUACAGACCUCAACUUCUCCAUUAUUUCGAGGAAGGAAGAGAUUAAGCGAUGAAAAAAACCUUCCUCUUGAUGGUAAACGGCAGCGUUUUCAUUCACCCCACCAAGAGCCAACUAUAGUUAACCACAUAGUGCCUUUAUCAGGUGAAAGAGGAUGCUCAAUGCCGCCAUUGUUUCAUACACACUAUGUACCGGAUGUAGUCAGAUGUGUUCCACCUUUUCGAGAAAUACCAUUUUUAGAACCUAGAGAAAUCACACUGCCUGAGGCCAAAGAUAAGUUGAGUCAGCAGAUACUGGAGUUAUUUGAAGCAUGUCAGCAGCAAGUAAGUGAUUUAAAGAAGAAAGAACUCUGUCGAACACAGCUGCAGAGAGAAAUUCAACUGUUAUUUCCACAAAGCAGACUUUUUUUGGUUGGGUCCUCUUUAAAUGGAUUUGGUACCCGGAGCAGUGAUGGUGAUUUAUGCCUCGUUGUUAAAGAGGAACCAGUAAAUCAGAAGACUGAAGCACGGCAUAUACUCACCUUAGUCCAUAAACACUUCUGUACUAGACUUUCUGGCUACAUUGAGAGACCUCAGCUGAUUCGAGCAAAAGUGCCAAUUGUGAAGUUCAGGGAUAAAGUCAGUUGUGUGGAGUUCGACUUGAAUGUAAACAAUAUUGUUGGAAUAAGAAACACAUUCCUUCUCAGAACUUAUGCAUACCUUGAAAAUCGAGUUCGUCCGUUAGUACUGGUGAUUAAGAAGUGGGCGAGUCACCAUGAGAUAAAUGAUGCCAGUCGUGGUACUUUAAGCAGCUAUAGUCUUGUAUUGAUGGUUUUGCACUAUUUACAAACCCUACCUGAACCCAUCCUUCCAUCCAUCCAAAAAAUUUACCCAGAAUCUUUCAGUCCUGCUAUACAGCUGCACCUUGUACAUCAAGCUCCAUGUAAUGUUCCUCCUUACCUCUCAAAGAAUGAAUCAACUCUUGGGGACCUCUUACUGGGCUUUCUUAAAUAUUAUGCUACAGAAUUUGAUUGGAACAGUCAAAUGAUUUCAGUUCGUGAAGCCAAAGCCAUUCCCAGGCCUGAUGGUAUUGAAUGGAGGAAUAAAUACAUCUGUGUAGAAGAACCUUUUGAUGGAACAAAUACAGCCAGAGCUGUACAUGAAAAGCAGAAGUUUGACAUGAUCAAGGAUCAAUUUUUAAAGUCGUGGCACAGAUUGAAAAACAAAAGAGAUUUGAACAGUAUACUGCCUUUAAGAGCUGCUAUCCUGAAAAGAUAACUGGCGUCUAUUUCUUAAUAAAUUCUUCUGAGAAAGAAAGAACAAUAGUAACAUCAUAAUGCAUUUUGUUUACCUCCAUCAUGGUUUCUUUUUAAUUCUUCUUCUUGUUUUCAUGUUUUGUUUUUAAGAGGACAUACUUAUAUAAAGAUUGCAUAUUUUAUUAUGACAUUUCCUAAUAAAAACCUUUGAUUUAAAGAUGUAUUUUUGAAAAUGUUUACAUUGAUGAUUAGUAGUAUUAUGGCAUGAAUUUUCAGGUGAUCAGAUAAAGUAUUUUUUGGGAAAUUAUCUGAACAAAUAAAAGGUUUUUGAUAUAACUUCAAUUAAUUGUACCACAUGCUAAUACUGAGGAGAUGUGUGGAAUUUUGGACAGGGUCUGAUUCAGACAUACUUACAGGAAAACCUACAGUAGAUUGUUGCCUGUCUGUUCUAGUAAAGUGAAGAGUCAAGUCAGUUAUUCAGUUACUUGAAGCAAAAUGAAAUCUUUUAUUUCAGUGAAAUCAUGCAGAGACAUGAAAUACUGGACAAUUGCCUUAAGUCUUCACUUGACUCACCAGGAUAGACUGAGGCUUUGAGUGUGUCUUUGUUAGCGUUUCAUUAGUACCUCACGUGCUUUUGAUGUACUUUUGAGAUUGCUUUAAGUUUUUUGUUGAAACAGCAGUACAUUUUGCACUGUAGUAAUAUGAGCUCUAACUCUGUGUUGUACAGCAGUUAGUGAAUUGUUUUAAAGAAUCAGUUCAGUGUUGACAUUUUGAAAAGAUUAAAUCCCCUGUGCUUUAUGAUAACUUAGUGCAAUGUGCACUUUUGCUUUACUUCCCAUUUUCCUGCUUUUAUUUUCCCUGUGACAUGAAGCAACAGAAACUGAAAGAUCAACAUCGAGAUUAUAUCCUAUUGCUAGUAUCAGACUUUUUUCUGUGUACACUUACAGGAUUGUGAUCUAAACUGGAACUUUUAGGCAGUAAGCCACUAUAAAAUGUUUUAGGUAAGACAUAACAAAAUUAUUAUAAAUAAAAUCUUAAUGUUUAUAAAGAUAUCUUUUUUAGUAUCUCCUUUCCACAAGAAGUAGUGGUGGCUGCUAAGAGAGCUACAGUGUUUAUUAAGGUUGUUUUUGGUUUAUGUAAAUAUUUGUAAAUUCAUCAACUCCUGUACAUUUAAGUAUGAAAAGUAAUCUUGAAAACAGUUUUAACUUUUUCAAAAGGACUGUAUACAACUUCUUUUAGACCUGCUGUAGCACAGUUUGUACCUCUAAUGUGUUUGGGUUUUUUGCAGACCAAUUCAAAUGCUAAGACUUUUGCUUUUCUUUGACUUGUAAAAGGUGCAUAUUUUCAUUUUCUUCAAGUUUAAAUUUUUGUAUGACGUCAAAUGGAAUAAAGUUUAUAUAU